AUGUCCAACUCCAACUUGUUGAUUUCAAACUUGUCUGCUGUGUCCUCGCAAAAUGAGGCCAAUAUCGUAGCGUCCGUGGUUACCGAGGAGACUGCUCCACGUCCAAGCGUGAAUGAUGCCUUGGGUGAAGAACCACUUGAAGCCUCUGCCACUAUCACCACCGGUGAUGAUGCCGCCGCAACUGGUUGGAUGAACGCUUUCUUUGAGCCACCCACCCCUCAUCUCAUGGGUGCGGAUGCCCCUGCCCAUCUUGUUGAUAUGGGACCAUUGCAUCGUCCUGGGACCUCUGAGCGUGAUCAAUUUAAUUGCGCUCACGAGGUUGUUGUUCAAGUGUUGUUUAAGAUACACACUGAGAACGAGGUCGUGCUCACCAACCCAGACAAUUCCACCAACUCGACUUCGACCAAACCAUCUACUGGCCGCCGCUCAGUUGGAACUACGAUCAACCUUGCCUGGUUGGUGUCUCCUUGA